CCCCCCCAAGCCCAGCCCAGCUCCGAGGCAACUUGGGCCGCGCCUGCCUCUCCCGGCAGUCGGGUUUACAUUCCUGCGGAGCGCCCGCUCAGGCCGGGCGUGACAUAGCCCUAAAACUUCACGAAGACUCGCUGCCGCGGGCUGGAAGAGAAGCGCUUCGGCUCCGAGGAGACGCAUCCCAGCAUCCCACCCCCUCCACCCCGCCCCGGCUCCCUCUCGGCUCUCCCGGGGCUCAGGGGUACCCCCUCCCUUUCCCCUCUCCCCUCCCCGGUUUGAACCGGACCCUCUCCGCCGCCCCGAUCCCUCCCCAACACCAUGGCAGCUCUGCCCGGGACGGUGCCUCGGAUGAUGCGCCCGGCUCCAGGGCAAAACUACCCUCGGACCGGCUUCCCGCUGGAAGUCUCCACCCCGCUGGGCCAAGGCCGGGUGAACCAGCUCGGAGGGGUGUUCAUCAACGGCCGACCGCUGCCCAACCACAUCCGUCAUAAAAUCGUGGAGAUGGCCCACCACGGCAUCCGGCCCUGCGUGAUCUCCCGGCAGCUGCGGGUCUCCCACGGCUGCGUCUCCAAAAUCCUCUGUAGGUACCAGGAGACGGGCUCCAUCCGUCCCGGAGCCAUCGGAGGCAGCAAGCCCAGGCAGGUUGCAACUCCUGACGUGGAGAAGAAAAUCGAGGAAUACAAACGGGAAAACCCCGGGAUGUUUAGCUGGGAGAUCCGAGACAGGCUCCUGAAGGACGGGCACUGCGACCGGAGCACUGUGCCCUCAGGUUUAGUGAGUUCGAUUAGCCGUGUGCUACGCAUCAAAUUCGGGAAGAAAGAGGAAGAGGAGGACUGCGACAAGAAGGAGGAAGACGGGGAGAAGAAGGCCAAGCACAGCAUAGACGGCAUCCUGGGCGACAAAGGUAACAGGCUGGAUGAAGGCUCUGAUGUUGAAUCCGAACCAGACCUGCCUUUGAAGCGCAAGCAACGCCGCAGCCGAACCACUUUCACCGCUGAGCAGCUGGAGGAGCUGGAGAAGGCCUUUGAGAGAACCCAUUACCCAGACAUCUACACACGGGAGGAGCUAGCUCAGAGAACCAAGCUCACCGAGGCCCGAGUUCAGGUGUGGUUUAGCAACCGAAGAGCGAGAUGGCGCAAGCAGGCGGGAGCGAACCAACUUGCAGCUUUCAACCACCUGCUGCCAGGGGGAUUCCCUCCCACAGGAAUGCCGACCCUCCCUCCAUACCAGCUGCCAGACUCCACCUACCCAACAACCACCAUUUCCCAAGAUGGGGGAAGCACAGUACACAGACCCCAGCCCCUGCCACCAUCCACCAUGCACCAGGGAGGACUUGCUGCAGCCGCCGCUGCCGCCGAUACCGGCUCUGCCUAUGGGGCCCGACACAGCUUCUCCAGCUACUCAGACAGCUUCAUGAAUGCUGCAGCUCCUGCCAACCACAUGAAUCCUGUUAGCAAUGGCCUCUCUCCACAGAAGCAGGGUGCCCAAAACAAGAUGCAGUGCUCCAGGUGGAACCUCACCAUAGCCUUGAACAAUCAGGUGAUGAGUAUCCUGAGCAACCCCAGCGGGGUUCCUCCACAACCCCAGGCUGACUUCUCCAUCUCUCCCCUUCACGGUGGCUUGGACACCACCAACUCCAUCUCUGCCAGCUGCAGCCAGCGGAGCGACUCCAUCAAGUCCGUGGACAGCCUCCCGACUUCCCAGUCCUACUGUCCUCCCACCUACAGCACCACCAGUUACAGCGUGGAUCCAGUGGCUGGCUACCAGUAUGGACAGUAUGGACAAACUGCUGUUGAUUAUUUGGCCAAGAACGUGAGCCUGUCCACACAGCGCAGGAUGAAGCUGGGAGAACAUUCAGCUGUUCUGGGCCUCCUACCAGUAGAGACAGGCCAAGCUUACUGAAGAGUCCGACUGUGCCAACAACCCACUCCAGCAACUUGGUAGCACUGGAGAAACACCACCAGCCUUCCAGGGAUCUACCUGUACCCAGACCCUGCUCCUUCCCAAUUCCCUUUCACCUUGCACCAACUUCAGCUGUGAAGGAGACGGGAAAGAGGGGAAAGGCUCUCCAAGUCUCCAGCUCCUCCUCAUUCCAGAGGCAAGCCUGGCCUCUGUGACCUGACUCCUCCUGUGGCCAGAGACAAUGGGUUGGGUACAUUUAUUAAUCCCAAGUUCAUACGCUCCCUCUAACCUACCUGGCCAUGGCAUUUUGCCCAUGCUUAAGGACUAUCCAUUGAUCUAGGUAGUUGGCAUAGUCAAAGCCAAAAUGAUCUUUUUUUCUUUGUAAAAAUGAAAUGUUUUCUUUUGUUUC